GCGAGCUAUCGCUGAGCGAACUUCCUGUGGUUGAUAUUUCAGUCAACUGGUAGAAAGGCGAUGUAGAUCCCAAUGAUGACUUAAGAUUGGAUUUUAAUUCACGACAAUGCAAAUAAACGUCGGUGACUUCGUGAAGGAGUCAUGGGAGGACUACAAGUCACCCACGACAUCCACCUUCACAUCGAAAAUGGGUCACUGUCGACAUACGGUUUCAACAUUGGAAGAGACCCUAGAUGUGGACCGCAGCGGCUUGACCAAGAUGAAGAAGUCUGUGAAGGCCCUGUACAACACAGGAUCCAUGCAUGUGCAGAAUGAAGCAUACAUGGCAGAGAACCUUGAGAGGCUGGGCAACAAUGCCAAAGUGCGGGAAAAUGAAGCUGAAAUCAGUGCUGCCUUUAUGAAGUUUUCUCAUGUCACCAAAGAACUGGCAUCCAUGAUGAAAAAUUUGAUGCAGUCCCUCCACAACAUCAUGCUGUUCCCGCUGGACCAGUUCUUGAAGGGCGACCUGAAAGGGGUCAAGGGUGACCUGAAGAAACCAUUUGACAAGGCCUGGAAGGAGUAUGAGGCCAAGUUUUCCAAGAUUGAGAAGGAGAAAAAACAGCAAGCCAAGGAAGCAGGGAUGAUCCGGACGGAGGUCUCAGGGGCAGAGAUUGCUGAUGAGAUGGAGAAAGAGCGGAAGAUCUUCCAGCUCCACAUGUGCGAGUAUCUUAUCAAGAUUAACGAGAUCCGCACCAAGAAGGGCGUGGACUUGUUACAGUACUUGGUGGAGUUUUACCAUGCUCAGGCAAAUUUCUUCCAGGAUGGUCUGAAGACCAUUAACCACUUCCAUGGCUUUAUCGAGGAGCUGGUCACACAGCUCAAGAAAAUCAAGCAGAGACAAGACAAUGAGCGCAAGCAGCUGAUAGAGCUACGGGAUGCUCUCAAGAGCUCCAUGUCAUCGUACAAAGAGCAUGCUCACCACCGGUUGUCAGGAGGAGGCUGGCCGUCGACGACCAACUCGUCCACGCCCGGCUACAGUCUGCACCAGCUGCAGGGAAACAAGAUACAUGGCAGUGAGAAGACCGGUUACCUGCUCAAGAAGAGUGAGGGCCGCAUGCGUCGAGUGUGGCAGAAGCGCCGCUGUAUCAUCAAGGAGGGGCUCCUGUACAUCAGCCAUCAUGAUGAAAAUAAAGAUCCGGUGAAGUUGAAUCUUCUUACCUGCCAAGUAAAGCUUGUUCAUGACGACCCGGGGAAGAAGUGUUUUGACCUCGUCUCCUCUUCCAAUAAUCGCACAUAUCACUUCCAAGCAGAUGAUGUUAAGGAUAUGGAGGCCUGGAUUUCAGUAUUAAACAAUGCGAAAGAAGAGGUUUUACUGAAGGCAUUCCAGGACAGUAGCAAUUCCCCGUCUCUCAAUCAGAAUGUCCGAGAGCUCACAAACAGUAUUAUCGACCGAGUCAAGCGACUUCCGGGGAACAAGUAUUGCUGUGAUUGUGGAGCACCAGACCCGGAAUGGCUGUCGACCAACCUUGGGGUGUUGAUCUGCCUAGAGUGUUGUGGCAUUCACCGCCAGAUGGGCGUCCAUGUCUCCCGCACACAGAGCAUCGUCAUAGAUGAGCUUGGAACCUCUCAGCUACUGCUUGCAAGAGUAGUAGGAAACUCCAACUUCAAUGAUAUUAUGGAGGCCACCCUUGACCCCUCUCAAAAGCCAAAACCUUCUAGUCAUAUGGAUGAUAGACGCGACUUCAUACGAGCCAAGUACGAGCACCAUCGGUAUGCAAUACUCACGUGUACAGACAAGGACGACCUGAAGCAGGACCUGCGACAGGCCAUCUUGUCCAAGGACAUCUUGGCCUUGUUGCAGGUCUAUGCUGAAGACCUCGAUCUCAUGGCUGUCCUCCCAGACAUGGAGAAUGAUGAGACAGCACUACAUCUGGCAAUAAUAGAGGAGGAUGGAUCAUCCCUGCCCAUUGUAGACUUCAUUAUACAGAAUAGUGCAAUAGGCUCUCUGGAGAAGCGGACUCGUGGGGGAAACACAGCUCUGCAUCUCUGUGCUGAACUUGACAGAACAGAAUGUCUCAAGCUUCUGCUGAGGACUCGACCAGACCUUGCUAAUAUUGAGAACAAAUCUGGCAAAACAGCGAUGGACCUAGCUAAGGAACACAACAACCACCACUGUGCUGAACUGCUGAAGUCAGCCCUGACAGCCAAAAAGGACCAAUUUCUUUAUGUCAAUGUGGACUGGGACCUAAUGAAUGAGGAGCGGCUGUAUGACUAUGGGGACUACAGUGAUGAUGACUUGGAUAAAAGCUCAAUACAGAGUAAUUCUCAUUAUAUUCUGGGAACACCGGACAAGCAGAAACCAAGGUCAAGGCCGCCUAGUCUUAUUGUCCUUCCAGACACAGGACUGUUUGGAAGCAAAGAUGGCCACUCAUCUCGAGACCGGUUAGACUCUGAGAGCGGCAAGUUGCCUCCUCCGCCACCACCGGCUGUCAACAAACCAAAGAAGUAUAUCACUAUGCCUAGUAAAUAUCGCCACAAUAACAACAAGGUCAAGUCAGUUCCUGGACUGAAUGCUCCAAACAGCCAGGGAGGUCGAAUCAGAACGGAACAAGCACCUCGUCUUCUUCCUCCUCGACUACUCCACCCAUACAGCAGUCACAUGACCCGCCGCAGCCUCAAAGUCGGCAGCCUGCCACCGCUGCCGCCCCGGAGUAAGAAGCCUCCGCCUCCCCCUUCCCCAACGUCACCAGCUCCAGGUCACGUGAGGAACCGGUCAGAGCCAGAUGCAUCCUAUCUUGUACACAAACGUACGGCCUCUGACCCUCCUCCAAGACCAGCCCCUCCCGACUUCAGGAACACCAUCAAUAUCCCUGCAGGUGCCAAGUUGGUGCUGCCCAUGCAGACAGAUGGUGACAAGAGUGGACCUUCCAAACCACUGAAUCGACAGAGAGGUAAGCAGAGAGAUGAGGCACGAUUCGGUAGAAGCCACUCAAUUGAUCCACCUGAGACUGAGAGUAGGGAUGCUGCACCACCACCUGUUCCUAAUCCAAGACUCAAGACACGGAAGUCCUCCAUUGGCCGCAGACGAUGUCGGGCUCUGUAUGACUGUGAUGCUGACAAUGAUGAUGAACUGACCUUCAAAGAAGGGGAGAUAAUCUUGGUGUUGAAGGAGGAAGAGGAAGAGUGGUGGGAAGGAGAGGUUGAAGGCCACCCUGGGCGGCGAGGACUGUUUCCAGUUAGCUUUGUGAACAUGAUUCCGGAGGGAUGACGUUAGCUGACAACUAGGCUCCAAUAUGCACAUACACAUGCAAUACAGCACCCCCUACUGCCAGACACAGAUCAGGGCAGAUAACUCCCACAGCUUAUCUACACAACUAGGAACAGUUAUUUGGAAGUUUAGUGGGGAGUUGCAGUGUUAGUAUUGAGGUACAGUAUUGUGGUAGGAUACAUGAAACAUGUAACCUUUGCAAAUAAAUCUGAUAUUGUAGCAUUAUGCAGAGCCAUUGUGUAACAGGAUACUGAAACACUGUAUUCAACUUUUCAUGGACCUAAAUCUUUGCUAGGAUGUAAAUAGUUUGAAAUAGAAAGUUUCACCCUUGUGUGUUUUGAUUUGAAAUCCCACAAUAUAAGCUGAUAGUAGAGUUUAUAGCCUUAUCAACAGGUGAUGAGGUAUUUAAUGUCAAGAGCCUUGAUUUAUCAUCAAAGUCAUUCUUCCAAAUUGUUCAGUUUGUAAGUAGUUAUAAAUGGUGUGUGUAAAACAUACGACUGAAUGAGAUUUGUGGCAGAGAGAUUAGUGAUGUCAUCUUAUUGUGACAUCAUGGUAACUGAUGAAGUCACAAUGGUCUGCUCAGUGUGAGUUCUGUGUAGUAAAUAAAUUAUGUGAGCCAAUUUGGCCAUUUGAAGGAUCACUUAUUUAAUUACCCCGGUAGAUAUAUCUUGGAACUGAAGUUAAAUCCGCCAAAAGCAUACCAUCAAACAAUAUUAAUCUUCAGCUCAUGCAGAAACUAUCUGAUGCUUACAGAAGUGUGAUGCACUUUCUGUGAUGCCAUCAAGGUUGAAUAUAGUGUCUUCAGAUAUCUUGCAGUGUAAUGAGUGUGUUGGAUAUGAUGAUGAUGAUGAUGAUGAUUUAGAUAAUUGUUAAGUGACUGUGUUUUGUUAUGGUUAGUCUUAUUGG